AUGCUGAGCCUCUACAAACUCUCAAUCUCGGGAAUACGAUCCUUUUCUCCGAAAGACAACGAAAUCAUCCAGUUUGGCGCGCCGCUCACGCUUAUAUGUGGUCAAAACGGCUGUGGAAAAACCACCGUGAUCGAAUGUCUAAAAUACGCUACUACAGGCGAUUUGCCACCCAAUUCGAAAGGGGGCGCUUUCGUGAACGACCCUGCUGUUGCAGACAGGCUGAUGGUGAAUGCGGAAAUCAAAUUGGGUUUCAUUUCCGUCGAUAAUAAGCUGAUGACGGUGACUCGAAGUAUGCAGUUGACCAGGAAACGGACUGGUCGUCUGACAACCUCAACAAACACAUUCAAAACACUUGAAGGCCAAUUGGCUGUUCACGCUAAGGGCCGCAAAACGUCGAUAUCCACGAAAAACGCAGAAUUGGACACAAGAGUUCCUCAGUACUUGGGUGCAUCCAAGGCUGUGCUAGAAUACGUGAUCUUUUGCCACCAGGAGGACAGCUUGUGGCCAUUGAGUGAAGCUAGUGUGUUGAAGAAGCGGUUUGACGAGAUUUUCGAGGCGUCCAAGUUCACAAAGGUCUUGGACAACUUGAAGGUGAUCACCAAGGAUAUGGCUACCGAUAUCAAGUUACUAGAACAGAGCGUGCUGCACGCCAAUUUGGAUAAAAAGAGGGCAGGAAAGAUCAGGGACAAAGUCCUGGAAAGCAGAGCCAAGGUGGAGCAGUAUAAUGCUGAGAUUGCCGAGCUCAAUAUGGAAAUCGAGGCCUUGGAGAAGCAGGCAGACGACCUUUUUCACUCCAAUCAGCUGUUUCAGAAGACCCUCUCGGAGCAUGAAAGGCUCAAGAUAAUGUACGAAACCACGGAAAACAACCAUCGCCGUUUGGGCCUGUCGAUUGAGGUUUUACGAGAGAGUGAUGAAGAAUUGAGGCACCAAUUGUCCAAUUUUGCCCUGAUACAGCAGCAGAAGUCUGAGAACGUGGAAGAAAAAGAGCUUUUGAUGGUGGAUCUCGAUGCUCAGCAGCUGGCGUUGCAAGAAAGCUUCUCAAAAUUGACCAGAGACGAAGGUAUUUUGUUCAGCAAAAAAGAGGCCUACGAGGAGCGCAAAAAGAGGUUUCUAGAGAGUCUGCAGCAGCUCAGGGAGAAGUACGGGCUAGGCGAUGCCCUAGUAGAAGAUCUAAUGGCGCUUGUCUCUCAAACAGAGAAUCAGUACAACAAGUUGGUCAAUACCAAUAAGCAGCAGAUUGAAGAUGCAACGUCAAAGGUCAAGGAAGCAGAAAAAGUGCUUUCCCGUGAAGAACAGCAUAAAAACUACAACGCGGAAGAAAUCAAAAACACAAAAGCCAAGCUCAAGGAGUAUCAUGCCAAGGUAAGCUCUUCUGCUGCUAGUGAGGAUAACCUUACCAUUGAAAGCGCUGAGCUUGAAUCGCUUCAAAAAAAGUUGGCCAAGAAGAAGGAAGGCGAUAAUACAAAGGCACUUUCAAAGAGCAUACAACAGGAUACUGAAAAGCUCCAUGUCUUGGAGAACGACCUUGAUGAUCUUAUGAGGAGGAUUACCACUGCUAACAAGCAAGCAGAUCUCUUCAGCAAGCUAGAUUUGCUCAAGGAUGCAGUAUCCGUCAAGAACGACGUGCUCCAAAAGAAUCUUUCACUGAACCAAGACAGCUUUGAGAAGAUUACUGGCAAAAAGUUGGCUGAUUCUGGAGAAGCCGCUCUUGACGAUAUUUUGGUGAAUCUUAACACUAAGGAGAAGGACCAGAUGGAUUCAAGCAAAGCUUUGGUGUCGAAGCUAGACAAGCUCAAGGCUAAUAACGAAUCUGACAGUGUCGCUUUAAAGAAAAUUGAGGAUAAUCUCUCCUCUCAUACGGCCAAUAUUCUCAAGGUGAUCGAGAAAAAUGAGAUUGACCAAUUUGAAGAAUUGGUUCAAGAAGCCGAGGAGGACUAUAAUACUGCCACCUACAAUUUGAACACCUUUGAUGUCACUAAGAGCUUCAAAGUGAAAGCCAUUGAAAUUGCUAAACAGUCCAAGUGCUGCACGCUUUGCAACAGAGGGUUCUCAAACUCUGAACUUGAUACUUUUAUUCUGGAGGUGCAGCAAAACCUUAAUAAUGUGACUGCUAAGAAGCUACAAGAGGAUGUGGAUUCCACCAAGAAGGAUGUGGAUCAGAUGAAGGCGAUCAACUAUGAUGUUUUGCAAUAUCGCUCUUUGACCAAAGAGGUGUCCAAUUACAAGCUGCUUAUCCAGAAGAGAGUCGAGGAAAUACAACAGCUUCAGAAGGAGUACGAUAUUUUGGAGAACAGCCUUGAAGAAACCAAGACCUCUUUGAACGAAGCAAACAGGCUUAAACAACCGCUCAGCAACAUCACGAGAUUGAAAGACGAGAUCAACCAUUCGAAGAAACAGAUCGAGGACGUUCAGCUGGAGCUUGAUGCAAGUGGCGCUUCUUCGAUGUCCAUGAAUGAACUUCAGAAGUUGCAGCAGGAGAAGAACUUCGAACUCAAGAGAUUGCGCCAGAGCAUUGCUGAUGCAACAGAUGAAAGAGACUCGCUCCAGAAAGAGCUUUCUAGAAUUGAAGGGCAAAUCAAGGACAAGGAGCUUCUGAUCAGUAACUUGAAGAAUUCCAUGAAAGAGCUUGUCACUUUGCGGAGUACCAUUGACGAGACCGAAAAGCAUCUUGUUUCUUUGCAAGAGAAGGAGAAGUCGAUCGAGGGAAAUGUCAAAGAGUACGAGCUGAAGUUGGCGGAAGUCUCCAAAUCAUUUGAAACCUUAAAGGACCAGCUUUCGACGGAGGAAUCGGCUUUGCAUGAAAAGCUUAAAAAAUGCCAACAGGAUGAAGCAGAGUUGCGUGACCUUUCACAACAUAUCGCUGCUUUCGAGGAGCAGGAUCUCCAUAGAGUUGAAGAGAACCAACAUCAAAUCAGCGAAGCAAGAGCCAAGAUUCAGGACAUCACCAACUCCAGAAAAGCUUUGGAUAAGGAGAUGACGGCCUUGAAAGGUGCUCUCAAUGACGCUGCAAAAACGAAACGUAACAUCGAAGACAACAUCGAGUACAGAAACACAGAACAAGAGCUUGACUCCAUCAGAGCCCAGAUCGAACAACUCGAUGUUUCCAAUGCCGAAGUCGAAAAGGAGACCUACCAAGCUGCGUCUAAGAAACUCCGUGAUCAGAUCAACGAUCUCAACAGCCAGCAUUUUGGAAAAGCCGGUGAAGUGAAGCAGAUCAAUGACCAGAUUCAGCAGCUUCAACAGGAACUCAAUCUGGAGUUCAAGGACGUGGAGAAGAUGUACCACAAGGAAUGGAUCAAGCUACAGACCAACAUGCUUGUUUCCAAGGAUCUCCAGACAUACUCUCUGGCUCUCGACAACGCCAUCAUGAAGUACCACAGCAUGAAGAUGGACCAGAUCAACAAGAUUUUGAGAGAACUCUGGAACCAGACUUACAAGGGUACUGAUAUUGACAGAAUUGAGAUCAAGUGUGAUGUAAAUACACUGGGAAGAGGCCGUUCAUACAACUACCGUGUGGUGAUGUAUAAGAAGAGCUCUGAGUUGGAUAUGAGAGGAAGGUGUUCUGCUGGUCAGAAGGUUUUGACUAGUAUCUUGAUUCGUUUGGCUUUGGCGGAAUGUUUUGGAACAAACUGUGGUAUGAUUGCCUUGGAUGAGCCUACGACGAAUUUGGAUACAGAGAAUGCCGAAUCGCUAGCCACGGCGUUGAAUUCGAUCAUUGAUGCCCGGAAAAACCAGAAAAACUUCCAGCUCAUUGUGAUCACCCACGACGAGAAGUUUUUGAGCCACAUCAACGGCGAAAGCUACAUCGACAACUUCUACCGAAUCGAGCGUGACGAAAACCAGUAUUCUGUGAUAAAGAGCUUGCCCAUACAUCUCAUGCAAGAUGAAUAA